AAAUGCUCAACAAUCAUGGGAAGGAUAUAUAAAACAAAAUGCGCCUAUCACUAUCAAUUCUAAAUCAAUACAACGUAAGUGGUAGAAAAUAUUCGUAUAUAUAAUAUUACAAUAUCAAACAAUAGAAAUUCAGUUGAAACAAGUAAAAUAUAAAGGUAACUAGUGUGUGCGCCCCGUGCGCAACACGGCCUUCCCUUUUUUUUAUCUCUACAGUAAUCCUGUUUUUAAUUGCUUCAAUGUUUUGAAUGCUACGACGUUUAUUCUGUUGCUACAGUAUUUUUUUUUAAAAAUGCAGCAUCCCGCCUCUGCUACAGUGAUAUAUUUUAAAAUGUUACAGUGAUUUUUAAAAUAAUUUCUUCGGAUGCUAUGUGCUACAGUAAAUAAACCGUGAUAUUUAUUGUGGUGUGAAUACUAAUUCUUGGGUCCUCCCAUUAUUAUAGAAGAAUAGAUAAGCAAGAAAAGAAAGGAGACAUUGACCAACUUGAAAGAGUAUAUGGUAAGAUUCACUCCAUUGAUAUGUGAGAGAGGGAGGGAGGGAGAAUAGAUGCAAUAUGCGCAUAUAGUGAAUAAUAAUUAAGAGGAUAUUUGGGGAUUUAAUUUCAGAUAUUGUGGGAAUUUAGAUAUAGCUUGGUCGGUGGAAGAGUAUCUAGAGAGAGAAAAGGGGGGGAGAGAGAGAGAGAGAGAGAGAGGGAAGGAAGGAGGGCGAGGGAGGAGGCUUUAAAUGCUGCCCCCUGUCCUCGUUGAAGGAACCAUCACCACCUCUUUCUUCACAUGUUCUUAUGCCCUUCUAUCUUCUUCUUCUCUCCUUAAAAUAAACCCUCCUCUUCUCCUUUUGAGGAAACAAGAAACAAGCUUUGAUUCAGCUUGGUUCUAGUUUUUAAGUCUUGGGUCGAGAUGGAGGAUAACAAGAAGGCAGCGAAGGCUUUUGUCGACAGUUACUUCCCUGUUAAGCAACAGCCUAAUUCUAAGUUCCCUGAUGUCCUCAGUGAUCUCUUCCCCCCAAACUCACACCCGGAUUCUUCUAAGAGACAGGGAUGUGAAGGUCAAAGUUGGAAAGCACCUGCAGAUGGCUACUCUCAAGGAAAAUCUAGCAAAAGCCAUACGACAUCCCAGAGAAGUGGUAAUGCAGUGGUGUUUUGUGAAGUAUCGGAACCAUGCUCGAUGAGUUCGUCUGUGGAUUAUGGUUGCAGAGACGAUUACUACCCUAACCCGUCAACCAACCGUCAAGCUGGAAGUUAUGACAAGCUGGAUAAAAAGGAUGGUUAUUACUAUCCAGACCCUAAACAUUCAAGAGGAGAAUGGUGGCAAGGUUCACUGUACUAUUGAAGGAACCACACAGUACCUCAUGCUCCAUACAUAUAGGAAGAAGUAAUGGUACUCUUGGCAAGUUGCUGAAGAUAGAAUGUUGCUAUGUAGUAAAUCAAGCUACCAGAAUGGAGCAAAGUGGGGAUUAUUACUAGAAAGAACCAGUUUGAUGACACCUACAAGCUGUCACUCUUUUAUCCUGUUCAGCUUUUGGUGUGACUAGAAAUACUGUGUAGUGUAACAGAGGACUCUUGUAGAAUGUCAGCUAUAAUUAUUGUAUUAAGGCCCUUCAUCUCCCCAACUCACUAGUAUGGAGGAGGAAGGGGAACUGUAUGUGUGCUUUUAUAAUGUUCAAGUAAAUAAUUUACCUUAGUGGUAAAUAGCAAUCAUAUGUACAUCAGCUACUUGUUAUAAUCUCAUAAAUAUAAGAUGGGUAUUUAUGUUGCAGUUUCUGCACUAUAUAGUUUCACUUUGAAGGCUGUGGUGCGCUCUGUAUUUAGUUUUGUUGAAUUGAGGGUUUCCGAGGUGUGCCGUUUAUGAACAUGAGUGCCCUAGUGUUAGGUUUAGUUCUCACAAAGAGAAGAUGGCAACAGGUGGUUCUCUUAAUUGAAUGUUAAAGCUCUGCAAGCCAUCUAAAUUUCGUGAAAAUAAAUUCUGGAUAUUGCAAAAUAUUGGUUGUGUGUGCUACUGAGCAAUGGCACCAACAGACUGCAGAGACAUGUUGGCCAUCAAUGAUGGAAUAUGUAACUUGACAUCCAAUGUAUAUGUGUGAUAUCCAGGCAACAGCAAGGACUCACAUUACAGAUACAUCUAUAGGAUCCCUAUCCCCAGUGCAAAUUCCC